GUGGCAAUGAAUCCGCCUGUCUGUCUGUCUGUCUGCCUAUCCGCCUGUUCACUCGUCCUGGUGAACAGUGCCCGUCUCGCUGACGUAGAUACCGUCCAGGAACUUCCGGAUGUCCUUGUUUCGCACCAUCACAGACUGGUGGAUCAGCGCAGCUGCGACACACAGAGAGAGAGAGGGGAGAGAUGGGGCAAGGGACUCUCUGUGUGUGUGUCAUGCGCACCGCAUAUACCUGAUCUCGAGACGAGUUCCAGGUCGGUUCCUGCGAUGACGAUCUCGUCCUUGACGUUGUUUGACUUGUCGACGGUGCAGCCGUCUAGCAUCCUGACGGACCGGACGAUCUUUUCGCCCAGGAAGUUGCGGAUCUCGAUGCGAGUGUUGUUGUCGGUGAUGUUGCUGUUGAUCGGGAAAUGCGCGUACACCAGACGCAUCUUGUACUGAUAUUUCUGUUCAGGGUCACGUGAGCAUAGCAUCACACAGACACAUACACACUCUUGACUACGUCGAUGAGGCAAGAACUCUCCCUCUCCCACUCCUCCCCCUCCUUCCCCCUCUGCUUUUGCAGCCGUGUGUGUGGGUCCGUGCGCUGCUCCCUACUCCCACCUUCAUGACGCCGGUGAAGAGGUUCUUGAUGUGCGUGCAGACAGUCCUAAUAGCGGCGAGCUGCUUGGACUUGCCCUGCCACAUCUCGACCCUGAUCUUGUUCUUGCCGUCCUCCUCGAAGAGGUGGAUGUCCACCGGCAAGUGGCGAAAGUUCCGCUCCAGCUCGCCGAACUUGCCCUUGACGUGCACGAUGCGCGACUUGAUCUCCACAUCCACUGACACCCACAGGGGGACACAGACAGACAGACAGACACGGACAUGGACACGUCCAGAUCAGCUCACGGCCCGCUCCCUCCCACAGAUCCCGUGCCUCAGCUUCCUCCCCGCCCUCCCUCCCUCCCUCUCUGCCUCUCCUCCCUCUAUCCCAUGCCCGCCUGCCUGCCUGCCUCCUUCCCUGUGUCCCUCCCUUGUGUGCUGUAUCUCACCGCCGUCAGGGACAUCGAUGGUCUGGCUGUUGUAGAGGUACUUCAUCGCGCUGAGCGAGUGGCUGUCUGCCCCCACGCCUUGCCUUCCC